AGAUGGAGAGCUUGCCCUGGGUCCCCCAGUGGACGGAGAGCCUGUCCUGGUCCUUCCAGCGGAUGGAGUGCCUCACCUGGACUUCCCUGUGGUUAAGACCCCUGCAGACAGACAGCCUGGGCAGUUUCAGUGUGCAGCUUUUGUCAUCAGCUCCUGGAAGCCGGCACUAAUCGCUAGCAGAAGGACAAGCAGGCUCAUUGAUGUACGUUGGCCCUAAAUCUGCCUAAAGUGGCUGCAGAAAGCAAAAUGUCCAGGUGAUCCUUCACUAUGAGGCGUUCCCUGUCACUGGCGAACGGCAGGCCAUUUAGGGACACACCUGCACAACCUUCUCAUGUUUUAACUGGAACCUUUAUUUUUAAAUUUUGUUUUAUGGGGGUGAUGUGUGGAAAGUGUUCCUGAGCACUCUCAUCGCCCUUUGAUAUAUCAUCCAAUAUAUAUCCUGAUCCCUCCUCCCACUCUGAUCUACUCCAGCUCUCCUGGCCCCUGGUCAUCCAGUCCAGGACUCUGGUCCUCCAGUCCUGGUUGCUAUGCAGCCAUACCAUAGUUUUAUCCUGUCACAUAUUCAUGACAUGGUGUUGUAGACCUAGCACCAUCUUUAACCAUAGAUUUAAACCCAGGCAGGCUUCACAGUAGAUGUGUUGGUUGUAGUGAAUAUGAGAAGAAUAUGUUUGGUCCACGGAGAAUAUUGUGAUCCCUAGCUGUCAUCAGUCUGACGGGAAGUUUGUACACACAAGCCCCUUAAGGAUAAAGAGCUCCUUCUACAUGGAGAUACUUCGCAAAAACAGCACUUUUAAGCAACAUUUCAGGUUCCAUUUCAUUGUAGACUCCAAAAAGUUCAUACCUGCUUUCUGUCGUGAAAUGCUGCUGCCGCUUAUAGUUAUCUGUGGUGUAAAACCCGCCCAUAAUCACUCCUCUGCUUCAGCUCCCGUUUGCCUGCUGUUGCUCCUAUUCGCUCAUCAGGACUGACUGCUUGUGCUUUUGCCUGACUCUGAAAUACCACCAUUCCCAGUAAUUCCUUUUUUUCCAGCUACAUGAGUAUUGCCAUGGUGACGGGAUUUCUCUUUUUAUGCUUGUGCAAGGAUGUGUAUAUGGGAAUCCUCCAGUGUAGGAUCUGUGUGUGUGUGUGUCUGUGUGUGUGUAUCUGAGUGUGUCUGUUUGUGUGUGUGUCUGUGUGUGUGUAUCUGAGUGUGUCUGUUUGUGUGUGUGUCUGUGUGUGUGUAUCUGAGUGUGUCUGUUUGUGUGUGUGUCUGUGUGUGUGUAUCUGAGUGUGUCUGUCUGUGUGUUUCUGUUUGUGCAUCUAUGUGCGCGUAUCUGUGUGUGUGUGUGUGUAUGUGUGUGUGUGUGUAUAUGUGUGUGUGUAUCUGUGUGUGUGUAUAUGUGUGUGUGUAUCUGUGUAUGUGUAUCUUUGUGUGUAUGUGUGUGUGUAUAUGUGUGUGUGUGUGUGUGUGUGUGUGCUCCUCCAUUGAACAUUCGGGACCAGGACUGAGCAGCGACUUUGUGCCACGAUAUCUGGUGAUCGCGCCACACGAGAGUGAUCGAUGCCCAGAUCCGUGAGGCGGGGACGGCAUCGACCAUGACCCGGCUGAUGUUGGGUCGAACCCUAGAGCGCAUUUGCAAGGCCGUCCUGCUGUUAUGCCUCGUACAUUUCCUCAUCAUGAUGAUCCUCUACUUUGACGUCUACAGCCAGCGCUUUGAUAUCUUCAGUCGCUUCAACAAUGGCCGUAACUCGUCCCGCGCUCAGCAUUUGUAUAACCUCUCUCGGCCCAAUGCCACUUUUGCGGGCUACCUAUCCACUGCUGAUCACCUGCUCGCCAGCGUCCGGCCCGAGGCUAAUGCCACACCUACCGCCAAGCCUAUGCCACCGUGCCCAGAGAUGCCGCCUGGCCUGGUGGGUCGUCUGCUCAUCGAGUUCAGCUCGCUGAUGACAAUGGAACGGGUCCAGAAGGAGAACCCUAAUGUAACCCAGGGGGGCAGGUACACCCCCCCGGACUGUCGGCCCAAGCAGAAAGUGGCCAUCAUCAUCCCUUUCCGAAAUCGGGAUCACCACCUGAGGUACUGGCUGCACUAUCUGCACCCCAUCCUGCGCCGGCAGAAGAUUGACUACGGCAUUUACAUCAUCAACCAGCUGGGUGAGGACACAUUCAAUCGGGCUAAGCUGCUGAACAUCGGCUAUGUGGAGGCGCUGAAGGAGGCGGAGUACGACUGCUUCAUCUUCAGCGACGUGGACCUCAUUCCCAUGGAUGACCGUAACUUGUACCACUGCUACGACCAGCCGCGACACUUUGCCAUCGCCAUGGACAAGUUCGGCUUCCGGCUGCCCUAUGCUGGGUACUUUGGUGGGGUCUCUGGACUGAGUAAGAAACAGUUCCUGAAGAUCAAUGGUUUUCCAAAUGAAUACUGGGGCUGGGGAGGCGAAGACGAUGACAUCUACAACAGGAUCACUCUGAAUGGCAUGAAGGUUUCCCGGCCAGACGUGCGGAUCGGACGCUACAGGAUGAUCAAGCACGAGAGAGACAAGCACAAUGAGCCCAACCCACAGAGGUUCAACAAAAUCCAGAACACCAAGACCACCAUGAAGAAGGAUGGUAUCAGCUCUCUGACAUACCGGGUCGUCCAAGUCAAAAAGCAUCCACUCUACACCAACAUCUCUGUGGAGAUUGGCAAGCCCCCUCCCCGGCCCUUUAAGGGGUAAACGCCCCCUCUGCAUAUAGUCCCUGCUUCCCCCCCACUUUGACUUGGUCUUCAGACCUAUUCCAUGUUCCGUUCCCACGGUACUGGACUUGUGUGGAUCUACUCGACCCCUCCAGAGAAACUAAAAGCCUGUCAGACAGUCCAGUUCUGAAUGGAACCAGCACCCAGUCAGGAAGUGAUGGUGUCAUCCAAUGAUGGGUGUUCAGGACAAUUUCACUGCUCCCUGAUGGCCUGUAGGUUUCUAGGUUGUUAGGUUGCACUUGGUUAUUUGUUCACAGGCAGAAGGAUAAUCAUGAAAUCAUGAAAAAUCAAGGAGCAAAGCUUGUUGCUUGACUCCCUUCACAUGUUGACUUUGGAAGUGAGCACAGGAUCUCAGCCUGGGUCUCUCAGUAAGGGUGAAGUGUGCCACAGCUGGCAUAGUCAUUCGGCUGAACAUCACACUUAAAGGGACAGUCACUUCAUUCACCCUCAGCCUCACAUACAAGCUGACAAUAGGAAGUCAUUCUGAAAACCGAAUGUGUACCUUCCGAAAGGUAACAUUCCCCAAACCGUGUCUGUCUUGGACUUGAACCAAAACCUCACAGGGUGAUGGAUUUUGUCAGCCUGGUAAAAGAAGGCAGAGAGGCCUGUGAUGGACUGAGAAUUCUCCUCACACUGGUACUGUAUGCUGCCAAAGCUGAGGACUAUCGACAGUUGCUGCUGUUGCCUCAGUCUCAUGGGCAAUGGGCUGAACUCACAACAGAUGGGCAGCCCUUUCUGCGUAGGUCCCUCGGUCUCAUGGGCAAUGGGCUGUGCUCACAACGGAGGGGCAACCCUCUCCACAUAAGUCCCUGAGUCUCAUGGGUGAUGGGCUGAACUCACAACGGAGGGGCAGCCCUUUCUGUGCAGGUCCCUUGGUCUCAUGGCCCUUUCUGUGCAGGUCCCUUGGUCUCAUAGGUGAUGGGUUGUGCUCACAACGGAGUGACAUCCCUUUCUGUGUAGGACCCUUGGUCUCAUGGGUAAUUGGCUAUACUCAUAACAGAAGGGCAGCCCCUUCCAUGCAGAUCCCUUGGUCUCGUAGCCCUUUCCAUGUAGCAGUAACUCCCAGAAGUUCACAUGGAUUUUGCCGCUUGCUUUAUAUAAACUCUGUGUUAUUUUUUUUAAGUACCACACACUCUUUUGACAAACUUGAAGGGCUUCUAUAACUUUUGGUGGAAAUAGCGAGUGCUGGUACCUGUCAAAUGCCUUGGUUCAUUUUGAGGGGGCUCACUUUAUUGCUUUGUAUCACACUUUAUAGUAGGGGCCGGCAAUCUUAUCUGCAAAGGGCCGCUGUGUAUGCAGCUUUUUGCUGCAACUCCCUAAUUAGAUCACUAAUUAAAGGACUGAUUGCCUCAAGAGUCUUUGCACCUGGGUUUGAACGGCUGACCUAAAGGUUUUCUCAAAAAUCUGCAUGCACACCGGCCUUUUGUGGAUAAGAUUGCCCACCCCUGUUCUAUAGCAGCAUUCACUAACCUUCUGGGUUAAACCACUGUCACACCCAAAUGCAAAAGAAGCUAAAUGUUCUGUUUUUUUUAAGGAUUACUGGCUGAAUUGUGGAAAUGAUGUAAAGAAAUAGUGGGUGCAGUAAAAUGGUAGUUGUACUUGCCCGUUUCCUCCAAAAGCUUAUGUAAGCUUUUACACAACGAAAUCAGCUUUUUCUUCAUUGUUUCUCCUCUUCCUUGUUUUUGUACUGCCUAAGCACCAAACUGAUGCCUUCAGAAUUUUUAUGAGGGAGAAACAAGAUUAGGAUUGUUGCAUUCUGGGAUUUUUUAAUCAACCUUCCUGUCUUGUGAAGUGACGUGGAAACCUUUCUCUUUUGUACAAUCUAUCAAUGGCUUUCUUGGCUGGACUCUAAACCGUCUGAGGAAUGAAAACACCCCCUCUCCCCUUCCCCAGGCCCUCCUUUGUUUGCUCUAAAAAGCCCUUAAAAAGCUAUUCUGUUUGUCCCUCCCCUCUCUUUCACCCCUAUUUCAUUUAGAUUUGAUGUCCGUCUUGCCUUCUUAGUGCCCUCUGUUGCCCUUCAUCCCACUUACAGCUGGAUUUCAAGAAUCUCUCAGCUUCAUGACCUCCAAAGGAGCCUGAAGACAGUGUUGCCCAGGUUCAGGCUGGAGAGCCAGUCAGCCCUCCUUCCCCUAGGGUGUGCUAUAGCACAUCACGCUGCUUCCCAGACAAAGGUUCUUUGUGGGGCCUGCUUAGAUACUUCAGGCAAACUUGGUGAUUGUAAUUUGACUCAUUACAACCAUAAUAACCAAUAUCACAGCAUCAAUUAUUAAAAGUAACAUUCACAGUAAACACAACACCACCUUUCUUUGGAUUUCCAUUAUAGACUUGUUGAGAUGACAUGAGGGAAGCCUUCUCUCUUCUGGGAAAGCAUGUUCUUCUGUCCAGUACCUUUGUACUGGGUUUCAGUUUUCCUAAAAUGCAGAUUUUGAUCCCUUUUAAAAAGACACAUCUGAUUUUCCAGUUUAUUCAUAUGCUUUUGAUCAGCAUCUUUGUUAUUACAGUCUCUUAGUGCAAUUCAUGUCUAAAACAAACAGGGGUUCUUUUCUCCCCAAAUGAAGGUCGACAUGGCACUAGGCACGACCAUAGCACGACACGACAUGGUACUGUCUGUGCAGAUUUUCUCCAUUUACCCCAUUUACAUUAUCAACCAACUUUACCACUACAGACUACACUGAUGUACUCAUCCCCACUAGUUCAACACAGACUUAUUCAUAUCUAACCCACACUCAUGUACUCAUCCCCACUAGUUCAACACGGCUCAUUCAUAUCUAACCAACACUGGUGUACUCAUCCCCACUAGUUUAACAUGGGCUCAUUCAUAUCUAACCCACACUCAUGUACUCAUCCCCACAAUUUCAACACAGACUCAUUCAUAUCUAACCCACGCUCAUGUACUCAUCCCCACUAGUUCAAAACAGACUCAUUCAUAUCUAACCCACACUCAUGUACUCAUCCCCACUAGUUCAACACAGGCUCAUUCAUAUCUAACCCACACUCAUGUACUCAUCCCCACUAGUUCAACAUGGGCUCAUUCAUAUCUAACCCACACUCAUGUACUCAUCCCCACUAGUUCAACACGGGCUCAUUCAUAUCUAACCCACACUCAUGUACUCAUCCCCACUAGUUCAACAUGGGCUCAUUCAUAUCUAACCCACACCUGUGUACACAUCCCCACUAGUUCGACGUGGCCCAUUCAUAUCUAACCCACACCUGUGUACACAUCCCCACUAGUUCAACAUGGGCUCAUUCAUAUCUAACCCACACUUGUGUACUCAUUCCCACUAGUUCAACACAUGCUCCCCCAUAUUUAACCAACACAUAUGUACUCAUCCCUAUGAGUUGAACACAUGCAAAUUAUUAUUCAUAUUUAACCCACAGUGGUGUACUCAACCCAGUGAGUUCAGCAUGUGCUUAUUGAUAUUUACACUGAUGUAAGCACAUGCUCCUCUAUAUUUAACCAACACUGACGUAAGGAACAAAUUCACAUUCAUCCUUACCAUACGCUAAUAUACUCAGUGAGUAAGAAACACAUUCAUAUUCAGCAUUAAUGUAGUAAUCCCUCUCUUUAUAAUGUGCUAAUUAUCUUAUAAAUGGGGGCUUUCAGAUUAAAUUGCUUCAAGAUUUUGCUUCUUUUUUUAUAAGAUCAACAAUUUAGAGAAGAGUGAAAUCUUAAAUUUUCCUGACUGAAAUUCUGAUAUAGGACGUUUCCAGUCAGCAGUUCUCCUUCCCCAGUACUCACUCAUACCUUGCAGUAUGUAAAAAAAUCAUCUGCUUACUGGGAAUACAAUAAAAUAUGCUGAAAUAUGCUCACUGUUCUGAUUAUGAAAAUAAUAGACAUCAUGAUAUGCAAUACAUAUCCAUACAGUUUCAUACAUGGUAAAGUUGCAGGUUUUCUGUUCCAGGCUCAGUAGAUGGCUCUUUAUAAUUGCUUUAUAAUUGGUUGUUAGCUUGUUAUUAGUUUAUAGGUGUGACAUGAGUUUGUAAGCAUUUCUGCAGCACAUCCAUAAAGAGUACCAGUAGGACAGUCCUCUCUGACUGGCUGCGCUGACUGAUGGUGCUCAGGGAGAUGAGGAUGGGAUCUUGGCAUGAGUCUUAAGUGGAUGUGGAUAUGAUGUGCCAACGUGUCUUCAGGUACGUAAACACCUGACGUGCUGUAGACACCCCAUUGGGACUUAAGGGGCAUCGUUCCCAACAUUCAGCCCACAACACAUUGUAACUCUGCUGUCAGUCUGCAAGGAACACCUCACCGUUGAUGAGGAGACUUUUCAGCAGAUCCUCAGUACGACAGCAAAGGUUGCUGCCUGAGGUCCCUCAGCUCCCUGACUGUGAAAACUCCCCCGAUCCUGUUGGCAGAUCUCCCCCGAUCCUGCUGGCAGAUCUCCCCUGAUCGCAUUGAGUGGAUUAAGGUGACGUUGGUUUGGGCUCAGUUGAAAGCAUGAUUGCAUUUCAUUGGAGCUGGUCACAGCUUGCUAGGGUCCAGGACGCCACAGUCCUGCAGGCUCUAAACUCGAAGAUAUUCUACAUUAUCUAGACACACAUUUAUCCUCACAGGGAGAGCAAAUGCCAUGGAAUGGAAUGGCCAGAUGGGCAAGUGUAUCACAUGCGUCUUCUUGUUCAGACAUGACGCAUGUCCCUCCCAUAUGACAAAGCUGUAUUUCCCAGAAUUAUAUGUCCUCAACACACAUAACCUGCUGACCACACCCCUUCCAUGCUGGAGUGGAUUUUUAAAAUUUUUUCUCUAUCUAGAUUUUGUACAUUGAAUGUCCGAAAAUGUAAUUAAUAUCUUAUAUAGAAUGCAUAAUGUCAUAUCAGUCCUACUUUUUGUAUACAAUCAAUAAAUCUGAUGGGGAAUA